UGCCGCCGCAGAGCCUCCGAAUCGAUACGGCGCGCGUCACGUGCCGCCGAGCGCGACCAAUAGCCGCGCUCCGGCGGCCGCCGACGCGAGGGGGGCGCGCCGCUCUCCGCCGUUCGCCAGUACACGAGUGAACACCGCGCGGAACGGACGCGUGUACCGACGUCACCCACAACACGAGUUUCACCGAAAACCGGUCCAAUGCUUCGUGUCGCGUUAUAGUGCACAGUGUCGUCGCAAUGAGUGCGUGGACGGAGGACGUGUUGUCCUGGUGCGAUGACCGAUUAGGCCUCACCGAACUACCAAGCACGACCAGAAGAAAACAACGCAGCGCGCCGUACAGACUUCAUCGGCCGCAUUUGCCCGCGCCUCACGUGCCAGAAACUCCGCCGGAGCCCCAAGGAACGCAUAUAUCAAGGUUGUAUCCGGAAUUGUUGGCGUUAAUAUUCGAGAGGCUACCUGUACGGGACAGAGGGCGGGCAGCGCAAGUUUGCCGCGCUUGGAGAGAUGCAGCUGAUAGAAGAUCAGUGUGGCGGGGAGUUGAAGCUGCUUUACACCUUAGAAGACCAGCACCAGUGCUGUUCGCGUCAUUAGCUAGAAGAGGAGUACGUAAAUUACAGGUACUUUCGCUGAGGAGAGGAUUAAGAGACGCAGUCAUAGCGCUUCCAGGAUUAGAAUCGUUGUCACUUAGCGGGUGUUACAGUGUAACGGAUACGGCAUUGGCCAGUGCAUUUGCAGCUGAGCUACCGGCAUUGAAAAGACUGGAUUUGUCAUUGUGCAAACAAGUGACAGAUUCGUCACUCGGCAGGAUAGCUCAGUCAUUAAAGAACUUGGAGGAACUAGAACUCGGUGGGUGUUGUAAUAUAACGGACACUGGGUUGCUUCUUAUAGCCUGGGGACUCAGGAAACUUCGUCGCCUGAACUUAAGGUCAUGUUGGCAUGUAAACGAUGCUGGUAUAGCCCACCUAUGUGGUGGAGGAGAGGCGAGAGGAACGCCUGAGUUGGAGCACUUAGGAUUACAAGACUGCCAAAGGUUAACAGAUGAAGCUUUGAAACAUGCAGCAAUUGGUCUUCCUAAAUUAAAAUCUAUAAAUCUGUCUUUCUGUGUCGCCGUCACAGAUGCUGGAUUGAGGCAUUUAGCACGGCUACCACAUUUAGAAGAUAUUAAUUUAAGAGCCUGUGACGGCGUGUCAGAUGCUGGAGUUGCCCAUUUAGCUGAGAGCGGCAGACUGAGAGCUUUAGAUGUGUCUUUCUGUGACAAAGUAGGAGAUGAAGCGCUUUCACAUGCAACUUUAGGACUGUCAGGAUUACGUUCACUUUCGUUGAGCGCCUGCCGACUCACAGACGAGGGUUUAGAACGGGUCGCCAGGUUAUCACAACUGGAAACGCUAAAUAUAGGCCAAUGUACCCGUGUCACAGACAGAGGAUUACGCGCUUUAGGUGACGGACUACAAAAUUUAAAGGCAAUAGACUUGUACGGCUGUACGUGUAUAACUCCGCAAGGCUUGGACCAUAUCGUGAAGUUGCCUCGGCUUAGUGUACUUAACCUCGGCCUGUGGCAUGUGCGGUGACCACACACACAUUAGUCUGUAGUCUGUGUUUAUGCGUGCCUGUGUGAGUGAGACGGCCAUGUUGAAGUGAAGGAGCGCCAAGGUUGUAUACUCUGGACAGUGAAUAAAGGAAUUUAACCAAUUUUAAGAUAUUAUAACGAAUUAUUGUUAGGAUCUGGGGUCGCUUUCUUUUAAAAUGUUCUGUUUUUGGCCAGUUGUGUUUAUCGUUAAAUUGUUUGUUGAAAAGUAUUCUGUGAUUUCAACUUUUUGUAUGUUUUUUUACUUGCGUUGUCUCAAGAGAGUUGCCCCAACGCCUAGUCGAUACUUAUAUUGAGUCAGAUCUUUUUAAACUUGUGCAUUUUCUUGUUGUAUACUUUGUUUUGCUACUUCCAUUAUACCGCGAUGACGUAAUAACUGUUAAGCUACUUUUACAACUAUUUAAUAAUGGAUAUUAUAAAUUUUAAAAAGAUCUGGUUAUUCAAUGUAAUUGCUCCAUUAGUUAGGUAGACAUUUAGCCAUUCUUCAAAUUAAUGUUGUCUUCAAUUCGACAUCAUGCAUUGGCGAGGACCAUCCAUAUUUAAAAUUGUAAAACGGUAGUUAGGACCGUUUACUUGUAAGCCAGUUUCUCAUUUAUUAUAUAAAAAACAAAUCUACCAUUUUUCUAAAAUCAAUAUCCAUUUUGUGCACUAUCAAAACAGUUUAUAAAAAGAGAAAUCCCGCAACAAACAUUUCAUGCAGCAUUUAUGUUACUUUUUCAAGUUAAUUUAGUUGGAGGGAAAAUUAAUUUGAUCUAUUGAAAGGAAAGAUAUGUAAUACUCCAAUAUUUAAAAUUACGUUUGGCAUGCCAAGUUCGAAUGUAUGAAUAAGGGAAUUAUGUUUAUUAAUUAAUUGAAAACGGCAACAAAAAUGAAUACCGUAAUUAAUCGGCAAAUAAAAAAGGCUGUAAUUUCAGUAUAUAUCACUGAAAGUAUAUAUAUAGCUAAUAAGUAUCAAGCAAGCUCUUUAAUAUUUUUAUACUCUAAUAUUAACAACUUUAGUCAUUUGAGUACAUUUUAUUAAAAACUGUUUAUUCUCUGUGUAGGUAGGUGAAAGAAUUUUGGCAAAAUAUUACUGGACAUAUGUUAGUUUUUUAAUUUUUAUUUUUCUGUUUUCUUUAUUCUUUAAAUAAUCAACAUAUGAUAGGGUUAACGUGCUGGUUCCACGACCAUCGCUGUUUCUCGGUCAUUUCACUUAAAACUUUAAUAAAAGUAUUUCCAAAGGGAGACAGAAGUUCUUGUUAUUUUUAAUUCUCUGUAUAAUUAGAUGACCAAUGAUUGUAUUGAUGAUAAUUGUCAAAGAACUUUAGCCCAUGUGUAUAUGCGCUUAAAGAUUUACAAAAACUAGUGAGGAGAUUUUUAAAACGUGAAUAAAUAAUGUUUUUACUGAGUUUUUCAACUAAAUAUUAUAUAUGUAUGUAUAAAGCAUCAAGAUAUGAUUAAAAUUCACUUUAAACCAAUAUUUAAAUAAUAAUUCAGUAGUUUUGUUAAAAUAAUAGACGGUCGCGCAACUAACAGACUUUGACAAGGUUUUUGUAACAUUUUUAUCUUUUUUUUUAAGUAAAAUGGACAUUUUUUCAAAAAUAUGUCGAUUUUUAAGAUUUUUUUUUAAAUAACAAUAUAAAGAUAAAAAAAAAACCUAUAAGAAGUAAUCAAUUUGAACUUUAUAUUUGUACAUUACAACGAGAUUUUUCAAUAGUAACAAUUCUUAUCGAAAAUAUUUUUUAAAAGAUCGAAAGUGCAUUUACUAGUCGUAAACCAGCAUAUUCACCCUAACAUUUUAUACACACCAUAAAGUUUCAUAUUUUUAUCUUAUGAUUUAACACGUCUUUAUUAUAAUAUAUGUACAUAACAUAACCUUUCAUAAUAUUAUUAUAUGUAUUUAUAUAUUAUAUUUGUUACCAAACAUCCACAUUUGAUUACCUUAUGUAGUGGAACAAGUAUUUUAUCUUAUUUCUAAUAUCAUUAAAUUAAAACAGCAUAAUUUUAUAAUUGAGAAUUACUAUAUAUACUGCUAUAUCAAAAAACUAUUUUUACAUGCAGUGAUUAUAAACGUUACAAAGAAAUAAGUAUUUAAUAAAAAAAGAAAUUGCAAAAAAGAACAACUUAAAAAUGUCUUAAAACAGCACUAAGAAUGAAUUAAAUGAUGUGUGUAAUACUAUUUUUUUUAUAUAAUAAAUGCAUGACUUUAAUGUUCGAAUAAUAAAUAACAAAUAGAUAUAGCAGUGUUGCCAUUGUUUUGAUUAUAUCAUUUAAUAUUAAUGUCUUUGCUACAAGAAAAUACUCUAAAUUUAGCUAGAGAAAUCAAUUGACAAUAAAUUUAUGACCAGGAAUAAAAAAAAAAACAAACACUGAAACAAACUCUAAAUUAAAAAAGCCUUAAAUUGCAAAUAAAAUUUUUAAACCUACUUACUCAGAAAGUCUUUUUCUGUGUAGUAAGUUAGAAUACAUGAAAAAAAAAAAUUUUUUUAAAUUACAUAAACUUACUAUAAAUUUUUCAAAAAAAUAAUUCUAAACUGUUAAGUCUAAAAAUGUAAUUCAAACGCGAAAUAAUAACGCUUGUACCACCGAGGUUAUCAACAACUAGCUAAAGUUAAAACUAAUACAAAAAAUUGAGUUUUGAAUGUAAAACAUGUACCACAUUUGUUGGUCUACAUUAAUGACGUUAUCGGGUUUUGUAAUAAAAAAAAAUAGCUAUAAAACCUUGACACAAUUUUUCUUCAAAUUAUAAAACAAAUACUUGUUCUAUUUUAUUAAUAAUAAUUAUAACAU